CAGGAGAUUGGACUGGGGUGACAGGAAGUUAAUAGUAACCACCAAGACUAGAGAAAAUUCAAGAAAAUUACCCAGGUUGAUUCACUAGGAUAUAGGUGGGAUAGUCCUGGCAAGAGAGAGUCCUGGCAGGAGACGCUGGGGAUCUUCCUUUCUCCAUAGCCACCAGACAAGCCUGGGGCACCUGAGUCAUCAGACGCCAGCUGGGGCAGAGCACACUAGAGGUCUUACAGGAUCCUCUCCACUCUGCCCCUCCUCCCAGCAACAUCCUUCAUUGCAAAAUUUCCCAGAAGGGUAGUGAAUAGAGUGGUUGGGUGGAAGAGAAGUGGGGAGUGACCAGGGUUCACAGAGGAGAAAACAAAGUGACAUUCUCGGGGUUACAUAAAGUUUCGGAGGCUGCCAAAGGGUGUGUGGAGCCUAGAAGCCAGCGAGUGCCGCUGUAAAGGAAAGAAGCCAGCAAAGCCGAAGCCCUUCCCAGAGACUUGCAGGGACACAGAGGCUCUGAGGACUUGACGACCAUGGUGCGCGCGCCCUGCCUGCUGCUGCUGCUGCUAUGGCCACUGAUGCACGUUUCUGCGACCGUACCAGAGCCCUGCGAAGUGGACGACGACAAUUUCCGCUGCGUCUGCAACUUCACAAAUCCGCAGCCCAACUGGUCCAGCGCCUUGAAUUGUAUUAGUGCUGUCGAGGUGGAGAUCCGUGGUGGUGGCCGCAGCCUGCACCAAUUUAUAAAGAUCGCAGACACCGACCUGAAGCUGUACGCUAACUUGAUCCGGACUCUGCCCUUGCAGCGGCUCACGGUGGGCGCUGCACGGGUUCCUGCUCUGCUUUUGUUCGCCGUCCUGCGUGGGCUCGGGUACUCCCGCCUCAACGAACUGAUGCUCGAGGACCUGGAAGUAACCGGCACGCCGCCGCCGCCGCCUCUGGAAGCCACUGGGCCUGCGCUUUCCACCCUCAGUAUCCGUAACGUGUCAUGGGCAACAGGGGGUGCCUGGCUCGCCCAACUGCAGCAAUGGAUCCUGCCGGACAUCAAAGUACUAAACAUUGCGCAGGCGGACUCGCUCGCGUUUUCCUGCGCAGAGCUUCGCACCUUCCCGGCCCUCGUCACCCUAAAUCUGUCAGAUAAUCCGGGACUGGGCGAGCACGGACUGACUGUGGCUCUUUGUCCGCACAAGUUCCCGGCUCUCCGAGAGCUAGAGGUACGCAACGCGGGGAUGAAGACGCCCAACGGCGUAUGCGAGGCGCUGGCGGCCGCGGGUGUGCAACCCCACCACCUGGACCUCAGCCACAACUCGCUGCGCGCCACCGCUCCGGGCGCUCCUGGGUGCGUCUGGCCCAGCACACUGAACUCUCUCAUCUUGUCGUUCGCUGGCCUGGAACAGGUCCCUAAAGGACUGCCCUCCAAACUCAGCGUGCUUGAUCUCAGCUUCAACAGGCUGAACAGGGAGCCGCGGGUAGACGAGCUGCCCACGGUGGGUAGCCUGACACUGGACGGGAAUCCCUUUCUGGACCCUAGACCCCCCACGCACCAAGAAGACCCGAAUGACUCCGGUAUGGUCUCAGCCUGUGCCAGUUCGACGCUGGCUGUGGGGAUGUCAGGAGCUCUGGCGCUGCUUCAAGGGGCCGGCGCCUUCGCCUAACGCCCAGGGUUGAAGAAUGGAUUGGCUAAAAUUGCCCUGGCUCUGGGGAGCCUCGUGAGGACGUCUCAAUCAGCCAAUCCUCUCUGUCCAUCUUCAUUAAAAUCUUAUAAAAUGGUCCAUGUCAUUUACUCAACAGAUGUUUACUGAGUGUCUGCUAUGUGCUGGGCACAGUGCCGAUGGGGAAAUACUUAGACUUUCUUCACUCCAACUCCCCAGAAACCAUAUCUGCCUAAGUAAAGAACUUCAUGGGCAGAAGGGACAGGGAAACCUUACCUCUCUAGGGCUGCAUAGGAGAAAGAAAGAGUUUCUGUGCAAUCACGGCUUUCUGAGCAGAUUACUAGUAUCCGUGUUAAAGAGUAUUUGGUAAAUAUGCCUAGGAAGAUACAGAAUGUUCCUCUCCUAGUGCACUUUCACGAGCCUGCUGGUCCCCUUCAAAGGAACUAAAACCCGGAGCCAUUUGCUCAUUCCUCUCGCUAACUCUCUCACCGUCACCGCCCCCCCCUCAGCAAACCUCCUGAGACAAGGGAUAGCUAUGCCACCUGUAGUACAUAAACUUUGCGUUUCAUAAUUUCAGGAUUCAUCUUCUGUUGUGUAAAGCCCCUCUGCACACAUUGGCACGCUGGCUUCCACUGUCAUUCUAUGGAGAAUUUGGGCAUGGGGAAGUGA